CAAAGAGCACCUGAGUGGGAACCAUCCCUUUAUUUCUAGCACCCUCUGCUGUAACCCUCCAACAUCACAGCUCCAGUCACACUGAGCAUGAGUCAGAACUCCACGAGGUCAUAGACGGAGUCUCAGCCUUCAUUUAAUAUCCUCGAGACAAACCAGGAAACAGGUUGUUAUUCUGCCUCACUGAGACGACACACACACACACACUGAGAGACGGACGAUAAGAUUCACCUUCAGACCAAAACCACCACUUCCACUGAGAGAGGACAUCUACAGGAGGGAAUACUGGGAAUACUGGAAUACUACCACUUCAACCAGCUGCUGAAUCCACAAACUGAACCAGAGUUUUACAAGAAUAAAGACUCAAAGUGAAAGUAACUUUCAGGGAACAGGGAGUGGCUGAGCCGUCUGCCUGCUGUGUUUUCAGCUUCACUCAGAGACUAAAUGGCUUCCAGAUUAGAGGACGAUCUCUGCUGUUCUGUCUGCCACGACAUCUUUAAAGAUCCUGUCAUCCUGUCAUGUAGCCACAGCUUCUGUAAAGUCUGUCUGCAGAGCUGGUGGACAGAGAAACACGUCCGAGAGUGUCCACUUUGUAAGAAAAGACAUUCAAAGGACUUACUACCUCCUAACUUUGGUUUAAAGAACGUGUGUGAGAGUUUCUUACAGGAGAGAGAUCAGAGAUCUUCAGAGGCUCUCUGCAGUCUGCACUCUGAGAAACUCAAACUCUUCUGUCUGGACCAUCAGCAGCCGGUGUGUCACAUCUGCAGAGAUUCAGAAAAACACACCGACCACAUAAUCAGACCCAUCGAUGAAGCUGCACGACAACACAAGAAGGAACUUCAGGAAACUCUGGAGCCCUUAAAGGAGAAGUUAAAGGUUUUUGAAAGAGUUAAAGUGAAGUUUGAUCAAACAGCAGAACACCUGAAGGUCCAGGCCCGACACACAGAGAGGCAGAUUAAGGAGCAGUUUAAGAAGCUUCACCAGUUUCUAGAAGAGGAAGAGGAGGCCAGGAUGGCUGCACUGAGGGAGGAAGAGGAGCAGAAGAGUCAGAUGAUGAAGGAGAAGAUGGAGGCUGUGAGCAGAGAGAUAGCAGCUCUUUCAGACACAGUCAGAGCCACAGAGGACGAGCUGAGAGCUGAAGACGUCUCAUUCCUGCUCAACUACAAGGCUGCAGUGGAAAGAGUCCAGCAGCGCCCCCUGCUGGAGGAUCCACAGCUGCUCUCAGGAGCUCUGAUAGACCAGGCCAAACACCUGGGCAACCUGACCUUCAACAUCUGGAACAAGAUGAAGGACAUGGUCUCCUACACUCCUGUGAUUCUGGACCCAAACACUGCUCAUCCAAUACUCAUCCUGUCUGAAGAUCUGACCAGUGUGAGACGAGGAGAGAAACAGCAGCUUCCUGAUAAUCCAGAGAGGUUUGGUAGUUACUGCUUCUCUGUCCUGGGCUCUGAGGGCUUUAACUCAGGGACUCACAGCUGGGACGUCCAGGUUGGAGACAGUACAUACUGGUACCUGGGUGUGUUAGCAGAGUCUGUCCAGAGGAAGGGAUACAUACCGUCUGGAUUAUGGACAAUAUGGUUCAGUAAUGGUAAAUACAGCGCAUUCUCCCCACCAGGUUCAUCCACUGAUCUCGUAGUUCAGAAGAAGCUCCAGAGGAUCAGAGUGAAUCUGGACUGGAACAAAGGAAAACUGUCGUUCUCUGAUCCUGAUACUAACACACACAUACACACCUUCACACACACUUUCACUGAGAGGAUGUUUCCAUACAUUAGAGCUGUGGCUGAACUGAAGGUUUUACCAGAAGGUCUCUGUGACUGUAGGACAACAGAAAUAGAUGAUGAUGAUGGUGAUGAUGAUGAUGAUGAUGAUGGUGAUGAUGAUGAUGAUGAUGGUGAUGAUGAUGAUGAUGAUGAUGAUGAUGAUGGUGAUGAUGAUGAUGAUGACCGACACCACUGCCUUUAACAGGAAACAGCGGCGUAUGUUGCACCCUUAAAGACAUAUGACUCCGUCUUCCUUUUGGCAACUUUUAUUCUUCCCAGUUCUGUUGAAGUUAUCUUUUACACGAAGCAAUCAGAACCGCUCGCACACAUAUGUAAAACAUCAAGCACGUUCCCUAAUCGCUACUGCGCUGACUGAUGACCUCAUCACAGCCUGAACUUUGACCUUUUCAAUAAUAACAUUGCGCUGACUGAUGACAUCACAUCACUCUGAACUUUGACCUCGUGAUAAUAACAUAAAUCAGAUAAUAGUGUAGUGUAGUGUAUAUUUCUUCUUAGAUAACUUAAAUCUAUUCUAGGUCAAUAAAAUGUAAAUUAUAAAAUAUUUCUAGGUUGCAACACGUACAGAGCUUCAGAGAGCAAGAUUAUUGAUUAUAUCUUUAAUGUGAAGUUUCUGUGUAUUUGAACAGCAGGUUUAAACAUUGAUUUGUUUAUUCAUGUAAAGUGUUAAAGAGAUUUUAUUUCACAUCAUAUGUUCACUGUAAUUCUUUAUUAGAAAUGAGAUUAAAGCUUCAACUG